AUGUCCGAAACAAGCAAGGAUAAAGUCGGUAUUUGCAUACCAGAAGACAAUAACUUGGCAGAUACACACGAUUGCUCGCAAUCUGACGCUACGGACUCUUCGCCUUCUAUCUCUUCAUUGGUACCAUAUACUAACGAACAAAUAGACUCGUUUGUAGAAGUUAGCAAUGUGCCAGGGAAAGGACGUUGUCUAUUCGCUCGCAGAGAGUUUGAUACAGGGUCGUUAAUAUUCAUAGAAGCUCCAUUAUUUUCUAUCAUACCGUCAUCCAAUUCGGAUAUAUGGAGCGUGUUGUCAUCAUUACACGAAGAUUCACCUUUGGCAUUGCCACCUUUGUGGCAUCAAGCAGCUCUUUUGAGCAUAAUUAACGGGACAGAAGAAUCAAACGCAGUGCUUAAGAACAAGUGGGUACUUGAUCCUGAUCAGGAAGUAUCACAAGAUGUAAUGAGAGUCUUGGAAUCUUUGUGUAUAGUUGAUGACACUGGAGAGUUUUUUUAUAAUGACGUUUUAAUUGACCCAGAAUUAUACCAACUAUACUUACAAGUUUGGCCAUUGAAUUCCUUUGGAAGAAGUACGGACCCGGAUGGUCUAGUUAUUUAUGAUCGCAUUUCAUUCACUGCUCAUAGUUGCGAUGCAUCAUGUUGCUGGUAUCACACUGACCAGGAUUAUUUUGUAUUGCGGGCAAGGAAGAGGCUGCUGCCCGGAGAUGAAAUAACUAUAUCAUAUUUAGGGGAAUCUGACCUACUGGCAGCUACGUACAAGCGCCGAGAACUGCUGGAGAAUUGGCACUUUUUUUGCCAGUGCAAUCGUUGUUCUGAGAGUCUUGAUGUAUCCCGUGGAUUUUUAUGUAAAAAUUGUCAUUUUGGAUCAAUAUUUUUGAUCUACAAUAAAGGAUCAAAACUUGUAAGCGCACCAUGCACUCUGUGUCGAUAUAGAUUUUCUGAGGCCGAAAUUACAGAGUAUAUUGAUUUGGAGCGUGCUUAUUCAUAUAGGAUAGAUUGUAUUGACAAAUCGGAUUUGUAUGAUAUCCUCCAGGUUUAUGACCAUGCCAAAAAUGUUUUCAAGCAGCAUUGGUUACUGUAUCAGUUACAAACGUUACUAUAUGAUUAUUAUAAGGGAAAAGGGAAUUUUGAGCAAGCUAAAUUUUAUCUACUGGAUAGAUUAAGUUAUGCCGAUAAGACAAUCACCGGCCCACUUUAUUGCAUCGCAUUCAUGUAUGAAGAAUUAGCUGAUAUUUUAACUUCACUAUCUAACAUAAAUGAGGAAACACUCAAGAUAGGAAAUCCUAGUUUCGAUGUUGGCACACUAAACAUGAUAAUGACAUAUUAUUUUAACGCGGCAGCCCUUCUAGCUGUUUUAUGCGGUUAUAACCAUCCGUAUUAUUGUUCUGUAGUUAAUUGUCAGACUAAACGCUAUCAAAUCGAGGAGCUAGUUGUUUUUACGUUGAAUAAUUCUACAAAGACGGAAGACACCAAUGAGUAA